UGCUGCCUAAUUUAAAGGGACAACACACACUGCAGACAGCUGCACAUGACAAUCUACAGCAGCACGGACUCUUGCUGCUGCACGCCUGUGGACCAGAUAUAACAAAGAUUCAAAGAGAGGGAGGUAGAACGAGAAAGCGAGAGCUAGAAAAAGAUAGAGAGCGCGAGGAAGCUCCAGGGAAAGGAGGACAGAACUCUUUGUCUUGAAAAGUGUGUUUAAGAGGAAUCGCCACUGAAAGUUUAUAUGAGAGGCCAGCUCUCCUCUGGGGAGUGAAGCUUUCAGCCUGGCUGGCUACUUUCUUGCUCUUCCUUCAGAUGUUUCUACUGUGAACUAUUUGGCUGGCUCACAUCUCCAGUCUCUCCACACGGUCUAUAUAUAAGAGUACCCCUGGGACCAUUCACGUGGAUUGACGGUCACUACUCAGCACUGUCCUUGGAUCAGUUUUGCACAGCUCCUAAAGGAGAUGAUUUACCUGGCUGACCUGAGCUAGGAUCAGAUUAUCUUGGAGUGCGGAUUUUGCGAGAAGGGGAACAUUGAAGCUUGAAUCGGGUCUUGUUCAGGCUUGAUUGAAUCCGAUAACUCCUAUUUAGUCGGAUAUGUUCUACUUGGGUUUAUACACUAUACUUGUGUCCCAUCGUGCCCCAUGAAGCGAUUUGGGAGCCUGAGGGCGAGCAAGAAGAAGAAGGAGCCAGACAGACGGACAGGGAGGAGGCAGUCCGAGCCCCACGGCCUCUUGGGAAACACCUCUGGGAUCUCCUCGCCCCCCUCAACUCCUCCAACGCAGUCCGUCAAGCAGCCGCCGGCGUUCCUGCUGGAGGCCUAUCGGAGUGAACCGGAGAGGCCGGAGGCACGGAUGCGCUCCUACUCUUCCCCGCCAGACACCGGGCAACGCUUCAGUCUACCCUGCACCAAACCACCCAUGACUCCCUCCGCCCCCAUCUCUACCUCACAAUCACAACCAGUCGACAGUUUAGUUGAAACCAUGCUGAAGAAACUUGAGCUAGAAGAUGAAGCUGUUGAAGAAUCCGAAAGGGAUAUCUACAUGCGCUUUAUGAAGUCACACAAGUGCUACGACAUUGUUCCUACCAGCUCCAAGCUUGUUGUUUUUGACACUACUCUGCAAGUAAAGAAGGCUUUCUUUGCCUUGGUUGCCAACGGGGUGCGGGCAGCCCCGCUAUGGGAGACGAAGAAGCAGAGCUUUGUCGGAAUGUUAACCAUCACAGACUUCAUCAACAUCCUCCACAGAUACUACAAGUCUCCCAUGGUACAAAUAUAUGAGCUGGAGGAGCAUAAAAUUAAAACGUGGAGAGAGCUCUACCUACAAGAAACCUUUAAGCCGUUAGUGAACAUAUCACCUGAUGCAAGUAUAUUUGACGCAGUAUACUCGCUCAUCAAGAACAAGAUCCACCGGCUGCCCGUCAUCGACCCAGUCAGCGGAAACGCACUUUAUAUCCUCACACACAAGAGAAUCCUCAAGUUCCUCCAGCUCUUUGUGUGUGAGAUGCCAAAGCCUGCCUUUAUGAAGCAGACCCUGGAGGAGCUGACCAUCGGCACCUACCACAACAUCGCCUUCAUCCACCCCGACACACCCAUCAUCAAGGCCCUGAACAUCUUCGUGGUCCGGAGGGUGUCCGCCCUGCCAGUGGUGGACGAGUCAGGGAAAGUCGUGGAUAUUUAUUCCAAGUUUGAUGUCAUUAACCUUGCUGCUGAGAAGACCUACAACAACCUGGACAUCACGGUGACCCAGGCUCUGAGGCAUCGCUCGCAGUACUUUGAGGGUGUGAUGAAGUGCAACCGGCUCGAGACACUGGAGACCAUCGUGGACAGGAUAGUCAAAGCAGAGGUCCACAGGCUGGUGGUGGUGGGCGACAACGCCCACAUCGUGGGCAUCGUUUCCCUGUCGGACAUCCUGCAGGCCCUGGUGCUCACCCCUGCAGGCAUCGACAGGAAGAGCAGCCAAGCACAAUCAAAGGCAGAGGCACCACCAGAAACAUUGGUAGAGGCAGAGGCACCACCGGAAACAUUGGUAGAGGCAGAGGCACCACCGGAAACAUUGGUAGAGGCAGAGGCACCACCGGAAACAUUGGUAGAGGCAGAGGCACCACCGGAAACAUUGGUAGAGGCAGAGGCACCACCGGAAACAUUGGUAGAGGCAGAGGCACCACCGGAAACAUUGGUAGAGGCAGAGGCACCACCGGAAACAUUGGUAGAGGCAGAGGCACCACCGGAAACAUUGGUAGAGGCAGAGGUAGUAGGGGCUGGAAACUGAAGCUGAGACUGAGAUGGAGAACGCUGAAGCCGUGGCAAAGACUGAGGCAGUAGUGAAGGUAGAGACUGAAGCUGGACCAAAAGAUGCUGAGGGAAAGGCGGCGUGUGUGCUGUGUGUGACUGAUCUGCCGUGACACGGGACAUUGCUGUGAGAGGAAGUUGACUCGGAAGACUGAUGGAAGUUGAACCCCCAGACUGAUGCAUUGUCUGGGCUGAGAAAAGGGUUGGAUCUGACUGGUGGGAUGGGUGGUACAGUCAGUGACCCUCUGGGUAACCAGGGCCCUGAUGGGUAAUUUGCUGUGAUAGGGGAGACGUGGUCACAUGGGUGACUGACUCGGGCUAACCAACCUGGGAUUAUUUUACUAGAGGGUUUGGCGGUGGUGCCUCUUCUCCCCCCACAAGAUUGUGCAUCAUCACUCCCCUCUACUUUUACCCCCUGGAUGUUCCAGAAAUAACCCCUACCCCCUAGGCCCUCAUUUAGACUUGACAUGAGUGGAAAGGUAUUCGCAACAUGACUAGUAUUCCAGCUAGCCUAUCAGAAGCCCUCAAGGUGGUUUGAGUUAUUAUAAUCUUGUUUUUAGUUGCAGGCUAUUUUCCAUUUGAAUCAUAAUCGUGUCUGCUCUCCUUCAGGGAAAGACUAUUGAGUUGUUUUUUUCUUUAUUUGCACAAGGUUUUGUGAAUGGAAACAAGGGAUGUCGGUGGCUCUCCGAAAACUACACCCAUUCCCCCUGCUGCUUAUGAUGUCCCUGUGACAGUGGGCGGAGCUUGCUGUCCUGUCUUUAACGUCAUUGGUGCCUUUUGAGAGAUGUAUUUUUGAAAGAGAGCGAAAGAGGUGUUGGUAUGACGACUUUGUUGCUCAAUGCAAUUCAAGAAGAAGCAGCUGCCUAUAUACAAUAUAUCCAAUAUGUAUUUACAUUUCUCCAGUUACUUAGAGGCAUGCAAGAUACAUCUUGUACUCUGUAUCGAUCAUACUGGAAAUAUAGAGAAACCUUUUGUACUGAGGAAACUUUAAGUGCCAGAGAAAGGACAGUUAUAUUUUUUUCUCUUUAGUCAAUAUUGUAAGAUGAGUGGUUUAUCUAUUGAAAAUGAACAGAUGUGCCACAUAAUACAUGUUUCUGUUAUUGAAGUUUUCUUUUGCUGUUUUAAAAAAAAAGUAAUAAAACAUACUACUGAAA